ACGGACUGUAAUUAUUAUGUUAACUUAUUAGCAAGUUAGCUGCUGACAUUUUAACUGCCAGUAAACUAGCUAGCAGGUUGACAAGUGGGCGAUGUGGCUAACAAGCUAACUAACCUCCCGAGCAGGUGAACGCCUUAAGUUAACGUUGAAGAGUAAGGCGGCGGUUCAAAUAAUGCACACAAGACGGAUUUUUAAACAUAGGAAAUCCAGCAACAGAUGAUCGGUCAAUGCCUUGAAACUCAGCGGCUUCCUCUUCGCUAGCAGGCUAAAGUGAUGGAGAAAGAAGCCAUAAUUUCUAAGCUGCACUUGAAGUUUGCAAAGAAGCCUUGGAAGGACACUUUUCAGCUUGUCCGAAGAUUCGUGGAGAAAUCCAGAGCUAAAGCCGUACCCUGUAAGCAACUACUGGAUAGAUGCCUGGAAAGACUUCAAGAAGAGUUUGAUGUGUCCUCUAUGAAUACCAUGAGGUCCCGCCUUGAAAUAAUUGCCAGACAACAACGAAUGGGUUUUCACUCUACCGGGGCCACGUGCUACCUGACUGCUGAUUUAUUCUACCUGGAAGUUUUAUUGCUGCCGCGUGGAGGAGUGGAGGAGGUAAAGGUGGCCCCACAUGGACAAUCCCCUGUUCCCAGUGAGUCUCUUCUUCAGCUGCUGAGGUGCGAAUGUUUCGCUGAUUUCGCCGUGAAGCUGGGUGGCCUCUUCGCCCACUACAGCAUCCCUGGAGACAAGCCACCGGCAUACUGUGACCCCAAAAUGGACAUGAUUAACAAUGGCAGGAUUGGAUAUCUAAAAGAAGAUUAUCCUGUAACUAUUCAGUUCUAUGUGCCCCCAACGGAUUCAAUGAAGACGUCAGAUUCACAAACGACAGAUUUGGAAGCGGUUGUCCAGGCAGCCCAGGUUACCGUUGGCUCCAGCGCCGUGACUCGCCAGCUUCAGAUGGCGUCUUUGAUCCCGCAGCCUCCACAGCUGGAUCCUCAGGGGCACCAUCCCGUGUUUGCUCCAUUGAGCGAGGUGCCAAAUGAGAUGCUGCCGGCCUGUUUUCUGCUCAGACUGCAGCCAGCGAUACCAGUGAUGUUGUCUUUUGUGAGGAAACUCAACCAAAUUAUUGAUGUGGCUGUAUCAGAUGUUGACCUGCAGUGGGCACCCUUACCCAAGCUUCUGAUGGGAGCUGCACUAAAUGCAAACACCCAUUGUGAGACAUUAGAUGAACGGCAGAGUAUUUUCGCAGUGCCUCUUCCUGGUGGUAUGAUGCACAGUUGCGUUCUUCCUGGAGCUGCCUGGGACGUGCCUGCUCACAGAGGGAUCGUGGUGGACGGGGUUGCGUUCACCCACCCCGCUCAUGUCUCGGCACUCGUGGAUGUGCUGCGUCACCAGUGUGCCAUUAACACCCUGCUGAGGAGCUGUUUCUCCGUUCGAUGCUCCGGUCCAGGUUCGUUUUGCGAUCUGCAUUUCGAAGUCCGGCCAGAGUCUGACAGCAGCUUUUCUGUGACCUUCCACCAACCCAUCACUGACUCCCUUGCUGUUUUGCUGGUGAACGUAUCCAGUCCUCAUGAGAUUACCUGCAGCUUGUUUGGAGGAGGAACAUUUGAUCCCUCCAUAAAUGAACACAUCUCCACUGUUAUGAACAGGUGUAUGUCCAUUCCCAUGACAAUGAAGACAUUAUACAGCAAGCUAGAGGAGAUCACCUCUGCCCCACUUUCUCCCAGGCGCCCGGCCACCACAGAAGCCGAAAAUGACCACUCGGCUUCCUCGAGUGCAGCUGCGACGGACACCAACCGAGGCUCGGACACGUUCUCUCAGGGUUCAGCUGUGCCAGAGGACGGCUUCAGUGUCUCUGCUUCGGCUUGCUUUGCGCCAUCUGUAGCCACAUCCGAGCUUCCUCCUGAAAUAAGCACGAGCCCUCCUGUCAACCCUCGCCCACUUACUCCUGCGGGAGGUGUUCCCACCUUUGACAAGCAAGAUCUGAUCUGAACCCGUAUGUGAUGCCCAAAAAUGCAGUUUCUUCACACAGCAGAUCAGUACACACAGCAAAGUUGUGCUGCAUAACUUGCGUUUUGGCUCAGAGAUGCUGAUUUGUGACUGCACAACGUUGAAUUUGUGAGUGCAUGAUCACAUCCAUCUCCAAGUGUUUCUUACUAUGCAUUCCAGUGUGGCAGAGAUUGCUGGCUGUAAAGGUUUGAGGUUUGGCAUUUGACCUCAGCCAGCCAAGAGCCCAGUUGAUUGGUACCAUGUGAGCCAAUCAAACAUAGCUAAAGUCCGUGGUGCAUUCUCGAUGGCUUGUGAGAAUAAACUAGAGAUCUACGCAUAAAAAAUAGCUCCUGAGGACACAUAAAUAUCAUCAAGGACACGGCUUGAAUGCGUGCACAGCUCCAAAAUGUAUCAUGUAGCUGUUAACCGCUCUCAGUCACUUUUUCCUUUUAAGAAAAUAAAGUUUUUCACAAUAAAGA